UCCGCCGAGACGCCCGAUGGAUGCGAUGCCACUGCACUUUGAUUUGCCGCAGGAAGAGGAGUGCGCAACCUUGGCCCUCUCGUCCGGCGCCAGCUACUGGGUCUCCUUUUCUGUUUUCAUCAAGACGCUCACGCUGCGGUCGCAGCUGCAGCAACCAAACAACCGUCGCCGCCUCUUGCUCAAGUCGCCGAUUCACACGGUGCGCGUGCCAUUGCUUCGCAAGCUCGUUCCGAAAGCGACGUUCAUCUACCUCCACCGCCAAGUCAACGAGUACCUUUUCUGGCAAUUCGAGCGCAUGUACGACACAUACUACGCCGCGAGCCGUGACCCGAGUACCGGCGCGCUGGCCAAGGACAUUCUCGAAGUGGCCUACGCCGGCUUGGCGACUUCGACUGUCCAUUCGCUCAAGCAAAUCUACGCGCAGGCCGGUAUUACCUGGACCGACAAGGUUGAAGCCAAGUUUGAGGCCCAAGUCGCAGUCUUGGCUGGCUACAAGGUCAAUGACUUUGUGGAGCUGGCGCCGCGACUCCGUCAAGUGAUCCAGGCGCGGGCGGCUGGCUAUUUCAAGACGUUCAUGUAUAAACACCCAAUCUACUAUAUUCCUAUACCAGUGUUCUGUGUCGACAACCUGUCCUUUUUGAACCCACCACGCAAAGAGUGCCCACUUGAAAAGGGCUAG